AUGUUCAACAAAGUGACCGAGUUCUUCAGGCCAAAGGCCACUAGAACCUUACACUAUGCUCAUCUCAAAAACAACACAGAUCCAACGUGGUACAAGGACUCCGGUCUGCGUAAGAAUGUCUGGCACUGCGUCGGCUUCUACUUUGCGGUCUUCUACCUUGGCUUCGACGCCUCCCUCAUGAAUGGUCUCCAGGCGAUCCCCCAAUGGGAAGAAUACUUCAACUAUCCAUCUGGAAACACUCUAGGUCUGAUCUCGGCCAGUCUGUUUCUCCCAGCGAUCAUCACUCCCUUCGCAGCGUCGUGGAUCAAUGGACUUUGGGGAAGAAAGUGGUGUUUGGCUGUUGGUUCAGUGCUGUUGAUCCUCGGUGCAUUCCUUAACGCUUUUGCGAAGAAUAUCGGAACAUUUAUUGGUGGAAGAGUCAUUAUUGGUGCAGCUGGACCUUUCGGAAAGAUCACCGGUAUUGCACUGCUUCAGGAACUGGCGCAUCCUCGUCUGAGACCAUAUGUUGCGACGGCGUAUUACAGCAACUAUUAUGUCGGCCAGAUCGUUGCUGCGUGGUUUUGCUAUGGCACACUGUCUUGGCCAGAUACCGAGUGGAGAUGGCGAGCACCCUGUCUGUUCCAAGCCUUUGCCCCAGCCGUUGUCCUUGUUCAUCUACUCUUCGUGCCGGAAAGCCCUCGAUGGCUCAUCGACCACGACCGAUCCGAAGAAGCCCUCAAAGUUCUUGCCGACGAACAUGCCAACGGCGAUCUCAACGACGAGUUAGUUCGAUACGAGUUCGACGAAAUCUGCCAAGCUUUACAGUUGGAGAAAGAGAGCAACAACUCCAAAUACAGCGACUUUCUCAAGACUCCAGGUAACCGACGCCGACUCCUUGUUCUUGUGACCAUGGGCACAGGUUCCAACUGGGUUGGCAAUGGCAUCAUCGCUUAUUACUUGUCACCAGCCCUCAAGCUCGUUGGCAUCACUUCAUCCAGCGCGAUCGCGGGCAUCAACGGCGGCAUGGCAAUCUGGUCUCUUAUGUGGGCUUAUGCAGGAGCCAUGAGUGCUGAACGCCUUGGUAGACGCACGCUUUGGAUCACAGGCACGGCUGGCAUGUGUGUCGCUUAUACAAUCAUCACUGGCCUCAGCGGCUCCUUUGCCGAGAACCCAUCACGUGGCGUCGGUAUUGCUGUGGUGCCGAUGAUGUACCUCUUCAAAACUUUCUAUUGCAUCAGUUGGUCGCCACUACCGUUUGCUUAUGGCGCUGAGAUCCUGCCGUAUAAUCUGAGAUUGAAGGGUCUGAGUAUCGAAUUAAGUGUUCAGAGUGUUGCGCUGGCUUUCAAUCAAUGGGUUAAUCCUGUUGCACUUGAGGCGAUUGCAUGGAAAUACUACAUCGUUUAUAUUGCGGUCAUCGCUAUGUAUCUUGUUCUUAUCCUAUUCUUCUUCCCAGAGACAAGAAAUAUGACAAUUGAGGAGGUGUCCGUCCUCUUUGACACAGGAAGAAAAGGCGAUGCAGCGGCGGCUACUAGCAAGUUUCAUAAUAACCAGUCAAAGAUGGACGAUAUGCUUGAUGAUGGAGAUGAUGCCGAUAAAGAACCCACUGUUUCGCGAGUAGAGAGAGCGUAA